UAUGUGUGACACGAAGCAAGCACGAGUGUCACCCGACACGCACACAUAUAAACCUGCUGGACAAGCAUGCUGGAGCGUCACCAGAGGCCAUAUGAGCCGUGCAAGAAAGUUGUGAUACUAAAAAUUAAGUUUAAGUGUUGUAAAGAUUUUAACUUAAUAAUUUUAAUUAUUAAGAAAAGUUUUUGUUUGUUAAACGAAAAUUAUCUUUUGCGUGAGUUUUUAUAAAAAGUGCCAAUUGUGCUAGUCCCUGAAGAUUAUGAAGAUCAUUUGGCUCACGAGACCAAACAUUUGCGCAAGUGUUUUAGUCAUGAACCUGGAACCUGGAAAAGAUUUUAAAUUUUUAAAAGCUGCGAAAAAAAACUUAAUUUUUUAACUAAGUAUUUUUCUGCUCGUAAAGGUGAUUUAAACUCUUAAAAGAGGAGCACAUAACGGCCUUUGGAGCUUCUGCGCAUGUCCCACAUAUGUCAAAACAUACGUACGCGUUCACCGCCAGACCCGCUGCAGCCUGUGCUAGCACUCUCCAGCUUUUAGUGGCGCAGUGUGUGUUGACGUUGCCAAAAUAUAUACAAACAAAGUGGGAAAAUAUUUGCUUCCGUAUUCCGUGCGACAAAAACGGCGGUAAACGAAAAUUGCAUAAAACAUUUCAUAGAUAUGAAAGGGUAAACAAACCAGUGAUUUCUGCACAAAUAAUACUCUUCGAAAGUAAUUGCCUGAGUGUACAACAGAAAACAUCUCCAGAAUGCUCUUCACAUCCAUCAGACGUAGAUUGCGGCGCAUGCAAUUUCCGUGUUAUGUUGUGCUCAUAGUGUUGCUUGUGCUGGCUGGCGUCGUGUUCACAUCUCUUUAUUUUUGCUCUAGUGCUUUAAGGGAAAAAAGAAUUAAGAAAAUUUGUAUGAUGUACAAAAACGGGAUGUAUAACGGUUCACUGUGUGAGGAACUUUGCAAGAAAUCGUCGCCUUUUGUGAACAUCAAAUGCGGCGCAAUCUCUCCAUUUCGAUUCACUGCCCAGAAGAAUGGAAAUAUCAUCGAGUUCAGGCGAGCCAAAGAAAUGGAUAACGACCUGGCAUGGAGAAGCAAAUCAGGCAAACUGAAUUACCCGAAACUUGAGGACUUUCAUCAUAUUAUCAAAAUGCACCUUUUGGUUAACUACAAUGUAACGCUGGAAGAGAACACGCUAAGUUUUUUAAUUAAGGAAGAAAUCGAUAGGAAUAAUAAGGAUCAAAUGCUGAAUUUCUAUCAGCUUUUCAAGGACCAUAACUAUUUGAUGAGUAAAUUGUUCGAAGAUGAAGAACUAUUUCCCACAAUACUGGGCACAUGCGGUCCUUAUUAUGCUGUGGAGUAUUUGAAGACAACAGAAAUGCGCAACUUUUUCACACGAUAUUUCUUGGGCGAUGCGCCGCAACAAAUGCUCUUCAAGCGGCUCUUAGAUUAUAUAGCGCGUUUGGACAUGGUUCGGCCGGAUCCUUUAAAAAUCUGUAAAGUUAAUUUACACCAAUUUGGUUUAACUUCAAAUUUAAGAUUUAAAGCCUUAAAUGCGGAUUAUAUACAACUGGAGAGUCAAGUGAAUAGACGCCUGGCGAGCGGUAAAAGUUGCUGGCGCGAUAGCGAUUGUGACUGGCAUCAAUGCCGCGGCAGUUGCGACAAACAGAAGCACAUCUGCAACGGCGCACAAACGAAUGAUAAUUUGGAGGUUUUGUGUGAUUUUGUUAGGGCCAAUCUGCAACAUUUCACAGAACUGAAAAUGCGGCCAACGACGCAUGUUUUGCGACUCUAUGAAGAUAGGUGCUUGCAUUCAAUGUCAAAGGAUCGCAAUAAAUGGUAAAAUGGGAUGCGGUGAUCCAAAGUGGCAUAGUCUUUACAUUUUUAUAAAAACCAAUCGGUGGCAUACACAUAUACAUACGUACGUACAAAUUAUAUAUUGCAAAAGUUUUAUAAAGCUCCAAAAUCGCCAAUGUUACUUUAUUUACAUAAAAAUAAAAAAUUUACAUGGAAAUUAAAUGAUUGUAGAAAAAAUAAAGCGAGCGUCAUAUUUCUAUCAUUUUUAUUAUUUCUGGCUUUACAUUCACAAUAAAUCUUUUUGUUUUUCGU